AUGCGCACAUCUCCUCGUGAUGACAGCGAGUGACAGCUAGCUAGCUCUGUCAUCCGACAGAGAUCAGAAACGCCAAACUGUGAGCUUGCUCGCUCUUGAAAUAGUAUCUUUAUUUGGAAUUUGUUACCAUAAACAACCGGCUGACUAUUAACAGUUUACCUGGUAAGACUCUGAGUGUCCUUGCUGUGGUAAAGAUGGUCAAGCCAGACAUCCACACCCUGGCUCACCACCUGAAGCAGGAGCGCCUGUACGUGGCCUCUGAGAAGCAGCUCAUCCAGAAGCUCAACGGGGACGUGCUGAAGACGGCCGAGAGGCUGUACCGGGCCGCGUGGAUCGCCAAGCGCCAGAGGAUCAACCUGGACCGCCUCAUCCUCACCAGCGCCGAGGCUUCUCCCGCCGAAUGCUGCCAGCACGCCAAGGUGCUGGAGGACACCCAGUUUGUGGACGGCUACAAGACGCUGGGCUUCCAGGAGAGCAUCUACGGGGAGUUCCUGAGCAGGGUGAGGGAGAACCCCAGGCUGGUGGCCUCCUGCCUGGUGGCGGGGGAGAGGCUGAACCAGGAGCACACGCAGGGGGUCAUCCACACCGUGUUCACCUCCCUGUACGGGAACUGCAUCAUGCAAGAGGACGAGAGCUACCUGCUGCAGGUGCUGCGCUACCUGAUCGAGUUCGAGCUGAAGGAGAGCGACAACCCGCGGCGCCUGCUGCGGCGGGGCACGUGCGCCUUCAGCAUCAUCUUCAAGCUCUUCUCCGAGGGCCUGUACUCGGCCAAGCUCUUCCUCACCGCCACCCUCCAUGAGCCCAUAAUGCAGCUGCUGGUGGAGGACGAGGACCACCUGGAGACGGACGCGGCCAAGGUGACGGAGCGCUUCACCCCGGCCCAGCAGGAGCGCCUGUUCGGGGAGAAGGGCUCGGACGGCUACCGGCAGCGGGUCCAGGCGGCCGUGGAGGCCAACGAGGCCAAGCUGGUGAUGCUGGUCAACAAGUUCAUCGGCUACCUGAAGCACAACACCUACUGUUUCCCCCACAGCCUGCGCUGGAUCGUGUCGCAGAUGUACAAGACGCUGUCGUGCGUGGAGCGCCUGGAGGUGGGCGAGGUGCGGACCAUGUGCACCGACCUGCUGCUCACCUGCUUCAUCUGCCCCGCCAUCGUCAACCCCGAGCAGUACGGCAUCAUCUCCGACGCGCCCAUCAACGAGGUGGCCCGCUUCAACCUCAUGCAGGUGGGGCAGCUGCUGCAGCAGUUGGCCAUGGCAGACGAUGAUGGGGACCCCCGACGGAAAAACAGUUUGGCCAAAUUCGACAAGAGCUGUGUGGCCGCCUUCCUGGACGUUGUGAUUGGUGGCAGAGCUGUGGAGAACCCGCCCAUAUCCUCCAUGAACCUAUUAGAGGGUCUGAGCAGGACGGUGGUGUACAUGACCCACUCCCAGCUGCUGACACUGGUGGACUUUGUGCGCAGUGUGACGGCCGGAGACCACCUGCGCGAGGAGGACCACAUGGCUCUGGAGAGCCUGCUGGCGAACAUCCCCCUCUCCCGCACGGUCAAGAGCAACAGCCUGGAGCUCACGCCCUCCAACACUCCCCAGCUCUCCCCCGCCACCACCCCCGCCAACAAGAAGAACAGGCUCCCCAUAGGACAACAGUUAGCUGCUAUAACCUCCUGGGAAGCCAGCACCACGGCCCUGUCCGCCCACAUCCCGUUAGUCACCCCGUUUGCCUCCCGCAGUCGCAGCCGUACCAACAUGGCCCAGGAGGGGGAGCAAGAGGCCAGCUCCCUGGAGUCCCUGCAGGAAGUCAUGCCAGAGGAAGUGCUGGUCAUCUCACUCGGCACCAGCCCCCAGACCAUCCCUGGGAUGAUGUCGGAGAACGAGGUCCUGACGAUGCAGCUGGGGGACGGGGCUCAAGGCGAGGCCCCCGCCGACGACACCAAGCAGCACGGCAAGCCGGACAAGACCCUGCGCUUCUCCCUGUGCAGCGACAACCUGGAGGGCAUCUCAGAGGGGCCCUCUAACCGGUCUAACUCCGUAUCCUCCCUGGAACUAGAGGCGGAGUCCGUCUCCGAGCUGGGAGCCGGGCCGUCGGGGAGCAACGGGGUGGAGGCCCUGCAGCUGCUGGAACACGAACAGGCCACCACUCAGGACAACCUGGACGACAAGCUGCGCAAGUUUGAGAUCCGGGACAUGAUGGGUCUGACCGAGGACCGAGACAUCUCCGAGACGGUCAGCGAGACCUGGAGCACGGACGUGCUGGGCAGCGACUUCGACCCCAACACGGAUGAGGACCGCCUGCAGGAGAUGGCAGGUGAGACUCACUGCAUGAUAUCACCCAUUUCCUGGGUGUGGAUGCCUGUGGGUGUGUGUGUGUGUGUGCGGGGUGUGGAUGCCUGUGUGUGGAUGCCUGUGUGUGUGGGGGUGUGGAUGCCUGUGUGUGUGCAGGUGUACCUGAAGGAGGCUCCGUGGCCCUCCGCCCAGUCUGAGAUCAGGACCAUCAACGCCUACAAGACGCCCCGGGACAAGGUGCAGUGCAUCCUGAGGAUGUGCUCCACCAUCAUGAACCUGCUGAGCCUGGCCAACGAGGACUCUGUCCCCGGGGCCGACGACUUUGUCCCUGUGCUCGUCUUCGUCCUCAUCAGGGCAAACCCGCCCUGCCUGCUGUCCACCAUUCAGUACAUCAAUAAUUUCUACGCCAGCCGUCUUAGCGGGGAGGAGUGCUAUUGGUGGAUGCAGUUCACCGCAGCGGUGGAAUUCAUUAAGACCAUCGACGAUCGCAAGUGGAAGCAGAACAGCCACCUGUAUGGGCAGACUGAGGGGCAGGAGCCGGUAGACUGGGACUCUGCCCAGCCAACUGCUCUCUCUCUCUCUCUCUCUGCCCAGCCCCCUCUACCGCACUCUCUGUUUGUAUAGCUGUACAUAGUCAGAGAAAUUGAAAGAUAACAAAGUAUAUAUGAUCACUGUAGGGCCUACGUGUGGAACGUUGUUUAACGGUGGGGGGGGGGGGAACUGUUUUGGAAAAAGGGGCGAAUGUUAACUUGGAACGUAAAUCGAUUCGUGUUCUUUCAUUUAAUCUUUUUUGUGUCCUUCGUCACGGUGCCGGUGUUGGGAUCUGUGUUUGAAAUUUUAUAUCUAAAACUGAAAUUCUUAGUGUUUAAUUGACAGAUAAAUAAAUGAACCCGAUGAAAAAGGGACCAUGCUCUCUUGAGACGAUCGCCGGUUUGUGAGUGGGAAGGGCCCUCCUUGGUUUAAUCGUGCAAUCUUUCCUCUUGAAUAUUCUUUCGACUAUUAAUUGUACUCUUCAAAUGCAGCCCCGUGAAUCAGAUGACUGAUGGAAUACCGGGAGAUCAGUCCACAUUUAUUACACAAAUGUCUCCUUUUCAAGCUAGCAUAAAUAGUUGGGCAGCGUUGUCUUAAAUUGUCAGUCAGUUGAUCCUUUUCCUAAAUACUUCAUCAGUGGCAGUUUGGAAAUAAGGGCCCACGUAUUUAUGUGAAAUACAAAUGUAUUUAUAUUCUUUCGUUCUAUUUAAAAACGUCGCUUCUUUAUUUUAUUGUACAAAAAACGACAUCUCUUUUUCAUGCCCAUUUUGGAGAUUUGAGCUGGUGGUGAGUUUGGCGUAUCUGAGGUAUCUUACUGCGUGUGGAUGAAGGGGAGAGGGGCUUCCCGUUCAGUCUGAGCCAGCCUGGAUACACAGUCACCACCAGCCCCACUCCUGCACUGGCAGAACUGCUGGCGUUUUGGAAAUUACUCAAAAUUAGUGCCUUUAGGAGGGGCGCUUUAGAUCUGCUGUUUUUUUUUUUUUUUUUCGAAGGUGAUUUGUGCCCCUAGUUUGGUGUAGGUGUACCCCCCGCCCCCCCCCCCCUUCAUGGCCAAUGUGACUGACCUGCCCCCGUGCAGGCUUCACAACACCACUGAUUGUCUUUCCCUUAAAUACACUUGUGUCCAGUCUGGAACCAUCAGUCCCUUCAGUAUAGUGAUCUUACCUAAAAGUUCAGACCAAUAUGACCAAGCUCAGACCGAGGAUGGUCAUGUGUGUCUCUCUCCCAUUGGCUGUAGUAGUGGAUCACUGUGGGCGGGGCAUCAGAAUCCCUCAUAGAUAUACAGGUGGAUGCCUCUUUACCGCAGACUGAUAUGUACAGUAACGGCCGAUUGAAAGGCUGUAGGGAUUUUCUGGCUGUUGGUUUAGCUAGCCUUAUUAGCCUUGGCUAAUGAACAAAGUUUCUGAUGCUGAUUGAUACUGAGAUACUGCACGUAUCGGCAUAGCCAAAACAGUGAUUGAAUUAGCUCUGACCUACCUCCUCACAAGCUCCAGAAAGGGACUCUCUCGCAAUUAUUACACUUGUAUUCAUUAUUUUAUAGUUACGUUUUAGAGGACAGGGACAUUUUUAUUUCCAUGCUGUUCUUUCACUUCUACUGCAAGCUGCAAGCAUGUUUCUUGACACUUAAUAGAGCUUAAGUCACCAAAAAUCAGUUGACGUUGAUGUUGCAGCUCAAUUACCAGGUUCAGGCCGACUUCCCCCUCUGAGUGUCUGUUAGCUACGUGCCAUGUGACUUUAGUUGUCUAUCUUCUCAUUGGUCGACGUGAAAUGAAAACAGCACAACUCGAUAAAUGAAUAGCAAACAAGCAACACUAUUUGACUUGAUACUGACCACCAGAUAAAAGUGUGUGUGUGUGUGUAUGAAAGACAGUGGGUGAGUAAGAGUGUGUGUGUGUGUGUGUGUGUGUGUGUGUGUGUGUGUGUGUGUGUGUGUGUGUGUGUGUGUGUGUGUGUGUGUGUGUGUGUGUGUGUGUGUGUGUGUGUGUGUGUGUGAGGAAUGUGUAUUAUGAGAAUAUAAAUCCACUCAUUGCAAGUGUUGUGUUCUCCCGUGUUAUGGCGUAGUUGACUAAAGUGCUCAUCUGUUCAGACAGAAACCAACAGCACUGGUUAGAAUCUGUUUGGCCAGUUCUGAAAGUUGAAAAAAAAAAAACUACAACAAUUCAAUGUCUUCGUCAGAGUCUGUCCACAUUGUCUUCUCCUUUCUAGGACUCUCGAGCUUCUUUUUGCACAAAGUCAGUGGCGUUUUUUCCCCGAAUUUGACAUGCACCUGACAUUUAAAAAAAAUGUCAGGUGCUGACAUUUGGACACUUUGCAUGAAUGGUAACACUUUCCUGGUCUUUAUCCAUUAUGCUCACCAUAACGAAAUGCUCGGACAGUAAAAUACGAUUUCCAGUUGAAAUAAUGAUGUUGCUGGUUAGGCUUCAGGCCUAACUGUUACACCUGUCUUCUAACAUCAAUGACAUCAACACCUUUAGGAGCAAUCUUGAAAAUGUGUGACAAGUUAGUGUUCUAUUCCCAUAACCUGACAUGCUCCAGGUUUCACCAACAAAUGUGUGAACAUACUGUCAACCGUUUUUGAUUACGUUUCUGCGAGAUAGAUGCUACUGUCUAACUAGUCUGAAUAUAACUCCACGUGUUGAUAGAUCACGAAAAUACAGAUUGUGUUCCAAAUAUGUGUGAUGUCACCUUAGGUGACGUAUAACAAUAUGGACCUGGCUUGUUGCAUUGUACCCUUACAUAUCAGUAACAUGAAAUGAUUUCCAACUGGACUUGUCUCUGUUCAGACUCUGGGGCAGCAACUUUGGAUGUGGCAAGAACAAGUUUAACAUUGCUGACAGACUGUAUGCAAACCAGUAACUGGCUGCUGUAUUGGUGGAUAUAUAGAUACGGACUACGCAAUGUGUUCUUGAAAGCUUUACAAUUCUCCUUGUGCUCUGCUCCCUGUACAAAGUAGGCAUAACGAGCAGAAAAAAAAAUCUGUUUUACAUUUGUAAGCUUGCACAAUUACGAAAUAUGCGGGGAAGGCGUCUUGUCUUUACUGUGAUUAAUGCAUUGUAUAAUUCUUUAAAAACAAUAAAAGAACCAGAAGUUUUUCCUGUGG